AUGAAUUCUCACCAGGCGGACGAGAUGGCCCACCGGGACCGUGACUCGGCAGAGCGCCAUAAUCGGGAGCAGUAUCCAGCCCAAGCUGGAACGCCGCAUCAUAGCAAUGCUGGCUCGCUCACCAUCCACCAACCUGUCGCAACAAGACUGCCUGGAGCGAUCCAUAGUCCGGGUAGCAUCCUCGCAAAUCAUGGAUCAGCGCCUCCCAUGCCCAUCGGUUCGACCAACUCCUUUGGUGGCGGCCAAGGCCCCCCAGAAACAAAUCGAGCAGUUCCCCAUAGUGCCCAGAGCGCGUCUAGUCAGAUGUUUGGAGUGAUAGGAGGACAGAACACUGGACCGACACCAUCAUCAUCGGGGCCCGCGUCCGUGUUCGGAGGGCCGCUGCAACAGGAGGGAAACCGUCCUUCCGGUCAGGCUUUGCCGUUUGGCGGAGCUGCAAUGUCUGGAGCGCAUCCUAUGCCCGGAGGAUCUGGCGCACUUCCACAGGGUCAACAACCUAUUUUAAAUGUAAGUUGGUCGUUCUUCUUGAAGGGAAAUUUGUGCUGGUAUCGGUGCGUUGUAGUGUCUCGCACCUGCCCGGUCCCAAUUUCAACACAAGCAUCGGACGUUGCAUUACUGCAGUAUCUCCUGAAUUUGCCCAUCCACGUCGCAUUCAUCAUCUUUAUCCUGCAAAGAUUCCCGCUUGCCACUUUCCAAAUUCAUACACCAGUUAUCUUACAGGAUGCGUUAAGCUAUCUGGACCAAGUCAAAGUGCAAUUCGCAGAUCAGCCAGACGUCUACAACCGUUUUUUGGACAUCAUGAAGGAUUUCAAAAGCCAGACAAUCGACACGCCCGGCGUCAUUAAUCGCGUCUCUGAGCUGUUUGCCGGUCAUCCAAACCUUAUACAGGGAUUUAACACUUUCCUACCGCCUGGCUACCGAAUCGAAUGUGGCACUGGCAAUGAUCCCAAUACUAUUAGAGUGACAACCCCAAUGGGCACAACUGUGCAGUCCAUUACAGGAAGGGUAAACCAGGGAGCGGACGGGUCUCAUGGGCAAUUUGGUUCCAACGCGCCAUUCUUUAAUCAUCGCCAGAGCAAUUGGCAACAGCAGCAGCAAUCACAACCACAGCACAGCAUCGAAAGUCCAGAGGCUACUUUCAGCGCUCCUGUGACAAACGGUUCAGGAAUCUUUAACCAAACCCAAGCCUCCGGCCAAACAGCGCCCUUUGAUGGUCCUACCUCUGCGCAACCCCCUCGGGGAACUUCUCAGGUCCAGAACAAUACUACACCCAUCGCCCCUGUGGCACGUACAGCCUUGACCCCUACUCCAGGUGCGACAGGUGCUGCAAACAGCGGCGCUGCUCAGACCGCCAAUAUAGAAAAGCGUGGACCAGUCGAGUUCAACCAUGCCAUUAGUUACGUGAACAAGAUCAAGAACCGAUUUCAGGACAAGCCUGAAAUCUAUAAGCAGUUCCUUGAGAUCCUGCAAACCUAUCAACGGGAGCAGAAGCCCAUUCAGGAUGUCUAUGCACAAGUCACCAGCUUGUUCAACACUGCCCCUGACCUUCUCGAAGAUUUCAAGCAGUUCCUUCCGGAAUCAGCAGCUUCGGCGAAGAGCAACCAGGCGCGAUCUGAAGAGAUGCUCGCAGUGGGCGGCUUAGCUCAGACCACACCACAGCCUGGCCAUACUAUCAGAGAUGGCCAGAAGCUGCCUCCGGUCGGUAGCUUUGCGCCUCCUCCGAGCGCCACCAAGGAUAAUAAGAAGCGACCCAGAAACGACAAGCAGUCUUCAGUCGCACCUCCGAGCAUGGCAGAGAGCCUGCUAUCUGGCGGUCAGCGUACUGUUUCUGGUGCUCAACCUGGGCCCAACAAGAGACCGAAGCUGAAUCACAAGCCCCUUGGGCCUGACGCGCCCACAAUUGAGCCGACGCUGACCCCGACGCACCCUGAACCUCUGCCCCCUACGUCUUCUGCCAGUGCCACCGCGGAGGAGCUCGGUUUUUUUGAAAAGGUGAAGAAGUAUAUUAGCAACCGCACAAGUAUGAUUGAGUUCUUGAAGCUUUGCAACAUGUACUCGCAGAGCCUGAUCGAUACGAACGAUCUGGUUCACAAGGCGGACAGGUUCAUUGGCAGCAAUCCUGAACUCAUGAAUUGGUUUAAGAACUUCAUGGGGUACGAAGGCGAAGGCGACGUCAUGGAGAAUCGCCCAAAACCACCUGCAGAGAAGGUUUCACUAAGCAACUGCCGUGGGAGUGGCCCCAGCUACCGUCUCUUACCUCGCCGAGAAAAGCUCAAGCCUUGUGGUGGCCGAGAUGAGAUGUGCAACUCUGUCCUCAACGACGAAUGGGCUUCACACCCGACUUGGGCAUCUGAGGAUUCGGGAUUUGUGGCUCACCGCAAGAACGCCUUUGAAGAGGGUCUGCAUCGGAUUGAGGAGGAGCGACAUGACUAUGAUUUCAAUAUUGAAGCCAACGUCAAAUGCAUUCAACUGCUGGAACCCAUCGCGCAACAAAUGCUCAACAUGACGGCCCAAGAGCGGGAGACUUUUGUCAUGCCCCCAGGCCUCGGUGGACCGAGCACUUCAAUCUACAGGCGUGUGCUGAAGAAGAUUUAUGGACCUGAACGGGGCUCCGACGUUGUCAACGACAUGUUCCAGGAUCCCUUUGCGGUCGUCCCUGUUGUGCUGGCCCGACUGAAGCAAAAGGACGAAGAAUGGCGAUUCACACAGCGUGAGUGGGAGAAGGUCUGGCAGGCACAGACCGAGAUCAUGCACCUGAAGAGCCUCGACCAUAUGGGCAUCCAAGUGAAGCAAAAUGAUAAAAGGAACCUCUCACAGAAGCACCUGGUUGAUGUCAUCAAGACGAAGCACGAAGAGCAGAGGCGUAUUCGCAGCACUAACCAAAAAGUUCCUCGCUACCAGUUCGCCUACGAGCUUGGUGACCGUGAAGUUAUUCUUGACUUGCUUCGAUUUAUGGUCAUGUAUGGCAUGAACAACGGGCACCAUAGCGCGUCGGAGAAAGAAAGGAUCGUCGAGUUUUUCGAGUCCUUUAUCCCCCAGUUCUUUGACCUGCCUGAGGACAAGGUCCAGGAUCGUCUCCACGAUAUUGACUGUGAGUCUGGCGAGGAAGAUGCUGAAGAGCAGUUGCCUGCUGAGCUAACGAACGGACGUUCUCGUCGCAACGGCAAGAAGUCCGAUCUCCUGCGCGGCGUCCUAGACCCUGGCCGCAACGGAACCAAGAGCCGCAAGGAGAAGGAAGACAGUGCCGCAUCAGGCAGCAAGGAGACCACGCCAGAUGUUGGAUCCGCAAACGAGGAAGAGAUGGGCGACGCGGCCGAGGAGGCGAUCCCGUCAGAGUUUUCCAACGAGCGAUGGCUGCCCAUCGUUCCUCGCGCUACUGUUGUCAAGGGAACCCAUCCGCUGUUGGAUUCUGAUGGCGAGUUGAAGGCCGACGGUUUCUUCCCCCGCCCUUGGUACAACUUCUUUUGCAACCAAACGAUAUAUGUCUUCUUCAGCAUCCUCCAGACCUUGUAUAAACGGCUCAAAGACGUCAAGGACAGCCAGCAGAGCGUCCUGGACGAGAUCACACGGGCCAAGAGCAAAAAGCCGGCCAAAGAUCUUGGCAUUACUGUUAACGAGAUCAACUACUUCGACGAGAAUGAUCCGUCUUCCUUCUGGCCCAAGACUGUCGAGUUAAUUGAAGACUAUAUCACCGGCGAAAUUGACGAGAAUCGCUACCAAGAGGUACUCCGGCAUUACUACCUGAAGAAGGGCUGGACCCUGUACACUAUUCAGGACUUGAUGAAAACCCUCUGCCGACUUUCUCUGAUCUGUACAAGCACGGAUUCGAAGGAGAAGACACCUGACCUGAUCGCACAGUUCCUGAACAACCGCUUGCAGGAAGAAACUAGCUACCAGACCGAGAUCAGCGCCCGCACGUUUGCACAGAAGUGCAUUAAGGAUGCGGACAUGUUCGUCAUUUGCUGGUUCCCUCAGAAGAACGAGGCCACAGUCCGAUGGCUACAGCGUGACGAGACUACGUUCUAUAUGGAUGAAAUGGAAGUGCGCGAGCGUUGGCAGUACUACAUCUCCUCGUACAUGCGUGUGGAGCCAACAGAAGGCGUCCCACGUGCACGAUUGAGAAAGACGGUUCUAGCCCGAAACCUGCCUUCUAGUGACGUCGAUUUGGACGAUGGGACCGCUCCCAAACCCCUGAAAUACGAGGAAAACUUGCCUCUCGCCAUCUGCCUCAACUCCAACGAGAUUGUUUGGGACACAGGCGCCUCCGAAUACUUCAUCUACUCAACAGCACCCGAGCCAGACGAGGAGAAGGCGAAGGCCGAGGAACGUGCUGCCAACAUACGCGACCACCGUGAGCAGCUAUUCCGUGAGAAGCUUGUUAUGAACAGUCCCUGGAUGCGCAAUGUCACCCAGCACGAAGUCCAGCAGGCGAAUGAAAGGUUCCAGGCCUGGUUUAAGGAUGGCGUCGCACCUGACGUAGACAUGGAAGAAUGA